AUGGUCUCCGUGGUGCCCGACCUGGCCUCUGAGGUUAACGACGCGUCCGUGUCGCCGCUGUACUUGGCGGUGAUGAGCAGGUCGGUGCGAGCCGUCAAAGCUAUAACGACCAGGUGCGGCGAUGCGUCGGCUGCUGGCCCGAGCUCGCAAAACGCUCUGCACGCCGCCGUCUUCCAGGGCUCAGAAAUGGUGAGGCUGCUACUGGAGUGGAAGCCAUGUGGCCCAUCCCUGGCUAGCCAAGCCGACGGCGCCGGCAGUACUCCGCUGCAUUUCGCUUCGUCGGACGGUGACCUCUCCAUCGUACGUGCCAUCCUGAGCGCCGUGCCGCCAUCCGCGGUGCACGCGCGGGACUCAGGCGGCCUCUCUGCUCUCCACGUCGCGGCAGGGAUGGGCCACGUCCGCGUCGCCGAGGCGCUGAUGAAAGCCUGCCCCGACGCCGCCGAGCUGAGGGACGACCGCGGCGGAACCUUCGUGCACGCCGCGGCCAGUGGAGGCCACUCCAAGGUCGUGCGGCUCGCCAUCAAGAGACCCACGCUGCACGGCAUCCUGAACACGCAGGACAGAGACGGCAACACGGCUCUCCACCUGGCGGUGGCCGCACGCGCGCCGGCCGUGGCGGAGGCCCUGAUGUGGAAGGGGAAAGUGCGAGCGGACGUCAUGAACAACGAGGGGCAGACGCCGUUGGAUCUCGCCGCGAAAUCGACCAGUUUCUUCUCCAUGGUAAGUCUGGUGGCGACACUGGCCGCAUUCGGCGCGCAGUCCCGUCCUCAAAGGCGGGACCAUGUCCAGCAAUGGAACAACCACGACAUAACAAAGGCGAUAGAGAAGACGUCGGACAGCCUCGCGGUGAUCGCCGUUCUCGUCGCUGGCGUCGCCUUCACCGCCGCCAACAACAUACCCGGCUCGUACGAGCAGGAGGGGAAUAAAAUAGGGAUGGCGGUCCUCCAGAAGAAGCCCAUCUUCAAAUGCUUCAUUAUCCUGGACAGCUUGGCCCUGGUGACCUCCGUGCUCGCCGUCGUCCUGCUCGUCUACGGCAAGGCCUCACGCUCCGCCGGGUCGUGGAAAACCUUCACGGCGGCGCUGCACUGCCUGUGGUUGUCCCUGAUCAGCAUGGUCCUGGCAUUCUAUGCGGCUCUGGCAGCCGUCACGAGCACCAGGGCGGUCCACGACAUCAGCUACUUCAUCAUAAACGGUGCCCUUUGCCUGAUGUUAGCCGUGGUCACGCAUUUGGUCAGCCCUCGCGUGUCCCACCACACGCUGUGGAAGUACCUUUGGCACCAAUGUGGCUUGAAAGGACGUCAAGGUGUCAUCCGUAGGCGUAUCAGACAGCAGUAUCCAGUCGUCGGUGCUUUCGUGCGCAACCUACUUCUGUUCAGGGCUGCAUAUUAUGUUGUAGUGCCUGCUGGUUUUGUCAUAGUCUGGAAACACGGUGACCGUGCGGCAAGAGAGAUGAAGCAAUUGAUGUAA